AUGGCAUUGAUUCAAGUUAAAGAGGUUUCAAGUGCAGCAGCCUCUUCUCAACAAACAAGAUAUAUAACAUACUCGACCACGGUGACCUUUAAGCCUGACUUAACCAAGUUUCAGAUGACCUGUCUUGAAGAGGACGUUGUAGCUUUGAUGAAAAAGCGUGUGCUGGAUAUGGCAGGGUGCCUUGGUGAUACUGUUACGGUUGAACUAAUCGGCGAAGUGAUUCCAUUCAAGUCUUUCAAAGGUUAUGCUGAUUUCUUGUUGAAUUGUGCUCAGGAGUCCAAACCCUUUCCCCUGCCAAGGACUCAUGUCAAACUAAGUGAUAGCUUGGAGAUUUGCCUGAGUCUAAGUGACGGGAAGUUUCAACAGGUCAGCUUUGUUAACUCCAUUGCUACAAUUAAGGGUGGGACUCAUGUUGAUUACAUCACCAAGCAAAUUACUACCUAUAUAAAGAAGGAAGUAUUGAAGAAGAAGGAGCAUGUCAAUGUGAAUUUUGACACUGUGAAGAAUCAUUUGUGGGUUUUUGUCAAUGCUCGGAUUGACAACCCUGCCUUUCAUUCUCAAACCAAAGAGAUGUUAACCACUAAACCAGCUAGAUUGGGUUUGAAGUUUUUUCCAGGUUCAAUGCUGAAUGAUGUUCAAAAAUCUGAAAUUGCGAAAACCCUCCUACCACGGAUACAGAUAUAUUUGAAACAAACGCAUGUGGAUGCCAAGUUGGCUGGCGGACCCGAGCGUGGAAAAUGUACCUUGAUUUUGACACUGGGAGAAUCUGCCUUUGCUAUGGCCGGGGUCACUCUGGUGGAUCCAGACCUCUAUGGUGUGUUUCCAUUGAGCAGCAAAUUGCUCAAUGUGAGGGACAGUAGAAAGCUAUUAAAAAAGAAAGAAAUUCAGAUUCUGAUGACCAUUCUUGGACUUGUGCGAAACAAGAAAUACAGUGAUGCAGAAUCUUUGAGAUAUGGCCGGUUGAUGAUUAUGGCAUAUCAGGAUGAAGAUGGCGCUCAGUUAAAAGGACUAUUGAUAAACUUCAUUUAUUCAUUCUGGCCAUCACUACUUAAAGUUUCAAAAUUCAUGUCUGUGUUUACCUUUCCCAUUAUGAAGGCUUCUGAUUUAAAGAAGGGGAAGGAGUUAUCAUUUGAUUCUAUGCAGCAAUAUGAAGACUGGAUAAAAGAAUUGGGUAACACUGCAAAUGAUUGGGAUAUAAACUACUGUAAGGGCUUUAGUGCUGCGCGGGAAGUGAGAGAGUACUUUCAAGAUCUUGGUGAGCGCAGGGCAUAUUUUGUCUGGGAUGAUGAUGAUGAACAAGAUGGAACUUCAACUUCAAUUGAGCUGGCAUUCAGUAAAAAAGCUGAGGAAUGGAUGGCUUGGGUUUGUAACUCUCAGAUGAUGCAGCCUGGCACUUGUAAUUAUGAAAGCAAAAGUAUAAAGUACAGGGAUUUUGUUAACAAAGAACUUCUAUUCUUCUCAAUGAAAAAUCUCCAAGGGUCCAUUCCGUCUAUGGUAGAUGGCCUUACACUUGGUCAAAGGAAGACUCUUUUCACCUCCUUUAAGAUGAAUUUGACCAAACCAACAGAAGUUUUCCGAUUAACUGCUUAUGUGAAUCAACAUUCUGAUUGUCACGGUGAUGGUGAUGAACAAAGUAUUGCUAGCACAAUUAUUGGAAUGGCACAGGAUUUUGUGGGCAGCAACAACAUCAAUCUUCUCGUACCUUAUGGUCAAUUUGGCACUCGUGACCUGGGUGGUAAAGACCAUGCAAGUUUCAGAAAGUUAUGCACUAAUCUAAAUUGCGUUACUCGUCUCCUCUUCCCUGUGGAUGAUGAUAAGCUUCUUGAAUACUUGAAUGAGAAUGGGAAUUCCAUUGAACCAAACUGGUACAUACCAAUUAUUCCUCUCGUGCUUGUUAAUGGUUGUCAUGCCACGGGGACAUGUUUUAGUUCUGAUAUUCCCAAAUAUCAUCCAUGUGAAAUUAUUGAGAAUGUAAGACGUUUCUUGAAUAAAGAGGAAAUGGUGCCAAUGAAACCAUGGUACAGAGGGUUCAGAGGAACCAUUAAGAAAAGUGCCAAGGGCUAUACAAUCAAUGGUUUAGUGGAGAGAAUAAAUGAACAAACUGUCAGAAUCGAAGAGCUUCCUAUUCGAAUGUGGACUGAAGAUUAUAAGAAGUUCCUUGAAAAAAAAAACUGCUCAGGCGCACAUUGAGAGUUUUAGGCAAAUAGGGGUUUAUGAAAUGGUAGACUUUAAAGUCACGAUGAAGCCGGAAAAAAUAGCUACAACAGAGGACGAAGAUAAAGAAGAAUUACGCAGGAAGUUUAACCUGACGUGCACUGUUAGCACAAGCAACAUGUAUCUUUUUGAUGCAGAGGGAAAAAUUAUGAAAUAUAACUCCCCAGAA